GCAUGGCUAUGGAUUCUUCUUUCCUUUGCCUUGUAUAUGAAACAAAAUUCCAGGUUAGUCAUAUCUCAACCACAUAAUUUUGCGCCAGCAAGUCCCUCUAUCUCAUGGACCAGCGGUUCUUCUCCGUAUCUCAUUAUAUUCGUAGGGGGAUCGAGCGUGAAACUCAUCCUAUCAACUCGAUUACGCCCAGGCUCAGUAUUUGGCUGUGGCUUCCUCUGUAAUGGAGAUUGCCAUGAUCAUCUUUUCGCCGUUUUCAUUCUUUACAGCAGCAGCGACUUUGGGAUAUAUGACAUAGAGCGAAGCCAUGUGCCACAAGUUGUAUGGUCUGCUAACCGCAACAGUCCUGUGAAAAUGAAUGCAACGUUGGAGCUCACAACAUCUGGUUUGGUCUUAAAAGAUUCUGGUGGAACUGCAACUUGGUCGACGGACAUAGGAGGUAAAUCUGUUGCGGGCUUAAAUUUGACGGACAUGGGCAAUCUCGUUCUCUUGGAUAAAAAUGGUGGAAUAUUAUGGCAAUCUUUUGAUCACCCCACUGACUGUCUACUUUAUGGGCAAAAGUUGGUGGCAGGCCAAAAACUGACGGCUAAUGCUUCUUCAUCAAACUUGACUGAAGGGGUUUUGUAUUCACUCUCUGUUACUAACGAAGGGUUAUUUGCUUCCAUAGGAUCUUAUCCUCCGUAUGACUAUUACCGAUUCUAUUACCACCGUCAUAACCCAUAUAUUGCGUACGAUGCUACAAAGGCGAGUGGAAAUCCAUGUUAUGUUAAACUUGUUGAAGGAGCCUUGGUUUUCUAUGUACCUGUAUCUAAUAAUACUAGCGAAGACAAAGAGGUUGCGAUAAUCUCAAACGAUUUGACAGUCCAAUAUCGACGUUACAUGAGAUUGGAGUCGGAUGGACAUGUACGACUGUAUGAUUAUGAUGGUUUAGCACCGGAAGAUGAUGUCCUUAACAUCACUAAAUGCGAAUAUCCGAUGGGUUGUGGUAAAUACGGUGUUUGUAUAAAUUCAUUGUGUAGUUGUCCAAACAACAGAAGCGAGACAAAUUAUUUUCAACCAAUAAACUACAGUUUCCCAGAUCUUGGUUGUGCUGAAUUUACUCCUUUGUCUUGCCAAGUCUCACAGUAUCAAAGCUUUUUAGAGUUGCAGGAUACUAGUAGUACGACUGUAGACUGGAGCUCCACAACAGACCUUGAAAUUAUCGAUCCAGAGUCAUGCAAACAGCUUUGUUUGAAGAAUUGCUCAUGUAGAGCUGCUAUAUUUCGUUCAUAUGAUGGGAAAUGCUUUUUACAAACCCAGAUCUAUUCCUUUGUGAACAAGGAAGCUGCUCGAUCUGAUUAUCAUCCGUUUACAACUUAUAUUAAAGUUCAGAGUACUCCAAAAGAGAACACGGUUCUUGUGAACAGUAGCGUCAAGAAGAAGAAAAAUAAAACUCCUUCCUUAGUUUUGGGAUUCAGCCUUGGAUCCUUAAUGUUCGGAUUGUCUUUAAUUGCAAUGUUGGUAGCACUGUUUCUAAGGAAACAAGACGAUGAUGAUGAGAAUGAGAAAUAUUUAGAUCAGGUUCCAGGAAUGCCCAAAAGAUUUUCCUAUGAGGAUUUGAAAUCCAUGACACAGAAUUUCAAUAGGAAGCUAGGUGAGGGUGGAUUUGGGACAGUUUUUGAAGGGAUUCAGACCGAUGGCACCAAAAUCGCAGUGAAGCGUCUGGAUGGGUUUGGCCAAAUUAAGAAAUCCUUUGUAGCUGAGGUUGCGACUAUUGGCAGCAUCCAUCAUGUUAACUUGGUGAAAAUGGUUGGAUUUUGUGUUGGGAAAUCACACCGACUUCUUGUUUACGAAUUCAUGUCUAAUGGGUCUUUAGAUAAAUGGAUUUUCCAUAAGACCUAUGAAUUGUUGCUAAGUUGGCAACAAAGGAAAAAAAUCAUUCUUGACAUAGCAAAGGGACUUAGUUAUCUCCAUGAAGAAUGCAGUCAGAAGAUAAUUCACUUAGACAUCAAGCCAGAAAAUAUACUGUUAGAUGAUGAGUUUAAUGGAAAAGUUUCUGAUUUUGGGUUGUCUAAGCUAGUGGAUCGAGACCAGAGUCAAGUCAUGACAACCAUGAGAGGUACACCAGGUUAUUUGGCUCCAGAAUGGUUAAGCUCGCUGAUAACAGAGAAAGUAGAUGUGUAUAGCUUUGGAAUCGUGAUGAUGGAAAUAUUGUGUGGACGCAGAAAUAUAGACCGCUCUCAACCUGAGGAAGCGAUGCACUUACUUGCUCUGUUUAAGAAGAAGUACGAGGAGAAUCAAGUUCUGGGUCUCAUUGAUAAGUGCUGCGAAGAUGUGCGAGCAAAUGAAGAAGAAGUUCUUAGCAUGAUGAAGGUUGUAGCCUGGUGUUUGCAAACUGAUUUCGCAAAAAGGCCGUCAAUGUCAAUGGUGGUGAAGGUGUUGGAGGGUGUCACCAAUGUCGAGUAUGAAAUGGGUUUGGACUACAGCUUCUCUGGUGCGAAAUUGUGUGAGGAGUACCAAAAUCAUGGUGGUGCUACGUUACUGUUGCCAUCAGUUCUAUCGCAAGCACGGUAAUUAGCCAGUUUCUUUCUUUUAUCCCUGCUUUUUUUAUCACUGUUAUCCUGUUUUUACUUCUUCAUUUCAGUAAUUUUAGUCUAAUUAAAUUUCCUUUGCAUGUUAAACAGAUAUAUGUACUGUUUGUUAAGGUCUUAAGGCUUGUUUGGUUUGUGUCAAUCUUGGUGGAAAUUUGAAAAUCUUUGAAAAAAGAUAUGCAG